AUGUUAAAUUGGAUAAUAGCUGCAAAGUUCAAAAAAUUACCUAGGCCACCACAUUUUGAUGCACCAGAGCAAAACAGUAUCCCAUUUGAUGAAAAAUGUGGUAAAAAGAUUCCUAUUGAUAAACCAUUUGGAAUUGAUGGAAUUGCAAACAUGUAUCAUAUAACAGUCCAAGAUAUUCAAGAUGCCAAUCCAGGUAUAGGUAUUCGUAUACCAGAGGGAAUUGUUUUGAAAAUUCCACAACUAUGCAUAGGUGAAAUGGAUAAAGAACAUCGUACAUACUCAGGCUACUUUAAAUCAGAUUCAAUAGCACGAAAUGGAUCGUUGCUCCUCUCUUUUUGUUAUAUGAGUCCAUGGGCGCGAACAAACGCGAAAAAUUGUGAAGGUUUCAUGAAACAUGGUAAUGGUUUCGACAAAGAUGCCAAUUUAGUUGAUCUAAAGGAUGCUAUGGAUAAUGCACACCUUAUAAGAAUUAAAAAACGUGAAACACUAGAUACUACGCAGUACGAACUAAGGAAAUAUAACUUCAAUGGAAAAAUUCAUUAUGCUGUUAGAUCUAGUUCUGGUUUUUAUGAUCCUGGUUACGAUGUUGUUACCAGUGAUACUCGUCCUUAUAAAUCAUUCUACUUUGAGGAUUAUAUUGAUGAAGAUGAUGAAGAAACUGAAUUUCUUUUGGAUUAA